UCAAACCCUUUGACUUCUAUCCCUCUCUCCGUGAAUCUCGAGGCUCACCGGUUUCUCGCCGGUCGGCUUUCCUCCUCCUCCUCCUCCUCCUCCUCUUCUUCUUCUUCUUCUUCCCGUUCAGCACCACCUUUCCCAGGCGAAAGCUUUAGCUCUGUCUACCCCGCUUCCUCCGUCGCCGCCGUCGCAACCCAUCUCUUUCUCUCUCUCUCUGUGUCUGAAAGUGUGGGGGAGGAGGAGGAGGAGGAGGAGCAGCAAUUGGGUUGGGAUUCAGACCCAACGAGCGCGUUGAAGUCAAAGCGCACCAUCUCUAUCUCUCUCUCUCUAGCCCACUUCUCUCUCCACAGCCCCAUCUUUUCUUUAUUCUUCUUUUGUUCGGUUCGCAGCGACGCAAGCAAGAAAGCAAAAGAAAAGGAAGCCGAAGAGGCACCACCCCCACUUUGAUUUCCCCUUUGCCUCUUCUUCCCUCCUUUCCUCCCUUCAUCAUCCCUCUCUCUCUCCCCCCCCAUGCUCGCACGCUCUAUCUGUUCGCAAAUCUUGAUCCUUCUCGAGAUGGGUCUCUCCGUCACUUGAUCCCUCCACCGCCCUUUUCCUCUGUUCUACUUCCUCUUACUGUUUCCGUGAUCAAUCUUUCUUGGGUGCUCUGUUUCUUCAUAUGGGUGUCCGAGAUUCGCUGUGGAUGGUCGUCGCCGUCUCUUGGCUAUGCGUCCAAGCGCUGAUCCUGCAAUCUCAAGGGGAGGACCUUGUGUGCAAUUCGAGCGAUUCCGAAGCAUUGGUAGACUUGAUGAACAACUUUGAGUACCCAGUCGAGGGUUGGGGACCCAACGCCUCCGCCAAUUGCUGCAACUGGCCGGGCGUGGCGUGCAACUCUUCGUCCUCUCUCGGCCUGGCCGAAGGUUCCUCCGGUACGGGCAGAGUGGUGGAGUUGGUCCUCGCGAGCAAGAAGCUUGCGGGGAGCCUUCCCGAUUCGCUCGGCAGGUUGGACCAGCUCAGACUCCUCAAUCUCUCUCGUAACCUCCUCAAGAGCCCACUCCCCGAGUCGCUCCUCCAACUCCCUAGUUUGCAGGUCCUCGAUCUCAGCUACAAUGAAUUCUCCGGACCGUUGCCGGGGAGCGCCAAUUUGCCCUCGCUUCAUGUUUUCAACAUCUCUGAGAACGCUUUCAAAGGGUCUCUGCCCGUGUGGAUAUGCGCCAACUCGACCCGCAUUCAGGUGCUUAAUCUGGCUGUCAAUUUUUUCUCCGACGUUAUCCCGCCGGGACUCGGCAAUUGUAGCUCCUUGCGGAACCUUUCUCUUGCCACGAAUAAUCUCACAGGGGGGAUCAGUGAGGAUAUCUUCACUCUGGGUCAGUUGGUCCAAUUAAGCCUUCAGGAGAACUCGUUUUCAGGGCCGCUCAGUAGCGGGAUCCGUAAUUUAACGGAACUGAUUCGGUUGGACAUUUCGACAAACGGAUUCUCGGGGUCAAUCCCAGAUGUGUUUCAGAACAUGAAGAAGCUGCAGUACUUCAUAGCUCAGACCAAUGGCUUCGCGGGCUCCAUCCCGUCUUCCUUAUCCAGUUCGCCAUCGCUUACGUUUCUCAAUUUGAGGAACAACUCGCUGAUGGGUACGAUAGUUCUCAAUUGUUCGGCAUUGAGCAGUCUGGUGUCUCUGGAUUUAGGUUCCAAUAAUUUCAGUGGUCCUUUCCCUGCGGAUUUGCCCAAUUGCCGGCAGCUGCAGAAUGUGAACCUUGCACGAAACAAGUUCACAACCCCAAUACCUCAAAGCUUUGAGAACUUCUCCAGCCUUGUUUACCUGUCGAUCUCGAAUUCGAGCCUAACGAACCUCUCAUCUGCACUCGGAAUCCUUCAGCACUGCGGCAAUUUGACAGUUUUGGUUCUCACUCUGAAUUACUAUGACGAAGAAUUGCCCGGCGAUGCGAGUUUGAGUUUUCCAAAGCUUGAGGUUCUUAUCAUGGCAAGUGGUCGACUGAGGGGUCCCAUGCCCCAGUGGGUGCGUGGAUGCACCCGUUUGCAGUUGCUGGAUCUGUCCUGGAACAAAUUGGGUGGAAAGAUUCCGCCGUGGAUGGGCGAUUUCCAAUCUCUUUUUUAUCUGGAUUUAUCAAACAACUCAUUCGUGGGCGAGAUCCCAAAGGAGAUUACACGUUUGCCUGGCCUUAUCAACAGAAAUCUGUCAAUGGAGGAGCGUUCUCCUGAUUUUCCACUCUUCAUGAAGAGGAACGUGAGCGUCAGGGGGCUGCAGUACAAUCAAGUGACAAGCUUUCCACCUACUUUGGAUCUUGGAUGCAAUCAUCUCAACGGAUCAAUCUGGCCCGAGUUUGGGAAUUUGAAAAAUGUCCAUAUCUUGGAUCUGAGGAAUAACUUAUUAUCAGGUUCGAUUCCCGAAAGUUUAUCCGGAAUGACUAGCCUAGAGACUCUUGAUUUGUCUUACAACAAACUGUCAGGAAGUAUACCUUCUUCAUUAGUGCAUCUCAACUUUUUGUCCAAGUUCAGCGUUGCAUAUAACAAUUUGUCCGGGCCUAUUCCUAACGGGGGCCAAUUCCCUACCUUUCCCAAUUCAAGUUUUGAAGGAACAAAACUGUGUGGUGAUCAUGCACCCCACUGCCCGGGUAGUCAAAAUCCUCCUGAAUCGGCCGAUCAUGCCAGGAGAAAUAGAGACAUCGGAAUGGUCAUUGGAAUUGCAUUUGGGGCGACAUUUCUUGUCGCCCUUAUGGUCAUGAUUUUGAUGCGAGCACAUAGGCGGGGAGAGGUUGACCCUGAGAAGGAGGUCGUUGGGAGAAGAGAAAGGGAUAUUGAAGAACUGGAGUCGCGAUUAUUGGUUAUGUUCCAACACAAGGACAGUGUAAAGCUUUCAUACGAGGAUAUUUCACGAGCCACUGGCGAUUUUGAUCAAGCGAACAUAAUCGGGUGUGGGGGUUUUGGGAUGGUUUACAGAGCUGCCUUCCCCGAUGGCACGAAGUUGGCGAUCAAGAAGCUCUCUGGGGAUUGUGGGCAGAUGGAGAGAGAAUUCAGUGCUGAAGUGGAAACUCUCUCAAGAGCCCAACACCCAAAUCUCGUCCAUCUUCAAGGAUUUUGCAUGGAUAAAGAUGUGAGGCUCUUGAUAUACUCCUACAUGGAAAACGGUAGCUUGGACUAUUGGUUGCACGAGAAACCAGAUGGCCCUUCCUCGCUAGAUUGGUGCACACGGCUCCGAAUCGCUCAAGGGGCGGCAAGAGGACUUGCAUAUCUGCACCAGUCAUGCGAGCCACAUAUUGUUCAUCGCGAUGUGAAGUCAAGUAACAUCCUUUUAGAUGAGAACUUUGAAGCCCACUUGGCUGAUUUUGGUCUUGCGAGGCUCAUAUGUGCUUAUGAAACUCAUGUGACUACUGAUCUUGUGGGGACGCUGGGUUACAUUCCUCCUGAGUACGGUAUGGCCUCUGUUGCUACUUGUAAAGGCGAUGUCUAUAGCUUCGGGGUUGUCCUCUUGGAGCUUGUCACUGGGAAAAGGCCUAUGGAUAUGUGCAAGCCCAAGGGAUCUCGGGAUUUGAUCUCUCGGGUGAUUAAGAUGAAGGGCGAGAACAGGGAAAGCGAGGUGUUCGAUUGUUCCAUUUAUGGCAUGAAGCAUGACAAGGAAAUAUUGCUGGUUUUCGAGAUUGCCUGCCUGUGCUUAAACGAUAGCCCGAAAGUGAGGCCUUCAACCCAGCAGCUAGUUUCCUGGCUCGACUGUGUCGGCGUCGAUGCCGAGCCGUUUUUUGGCAAUCGCAAGGAGCUCUAGAUGUACAGCUGGAGUCCUUUUUGCAGUGUGCAAGUCAAUUUUUUUUUUUCUUUUGUUUCCCAACAUAAAUGUCUGCUGUAAAUACUCAACACUAGGUUUUUACAGUUCUUUUAUACAAGUAUCUGGAAUAAAAGCAUUGCACAAUAACUCCUGGCAUU